AUGAGUAUAAACGAUGAAAUUAUUGCGCGGUGGUUAGAAAUAGAAGUGUCAGAUGAGGAGGAGAUACUGAAUGAAGAUACCAGCGACGUGGAGCUUGAUGUUGCGGAAGAUUAUGUGCUCCAAGAGGACUGUGAAUAUGACUCUGAAGACGCUUGGAGUGCACUUCGUAAAAUGGAGACCAUACAACAGAACCGUACUCAAGCGUUCUUCUUAUCAAAGCAUAGAAGAGAUAUAUAA